AUGGGGCAAAUAAAGGGGCAGGUGCAACAGGGCAGCCCUGCUUUCCAUGUUCUGAGGAGAGACGAAGGAUUCGGGGCCUCGCCUCUACAAGCAGCAGCGCAGAGAGAAGGACUGCCCGGCGCAGAGCACGUGCGGCGCCGCGUGCCCCCCUUCUCCUUCUCGCCACUGCUAAAGCUGCGGCUGGGCCUUGGGAGAGAGGCGCAAGAAACUACGCGGCUCCUUCCACCUGUGCUCGUGGGGGUCUGCAGAUCGCGCCGCGGGGCUGCGCGGCCCGGCCCGGCGCGGCCCAUGGACCGGCACAAAGUGAAGCGGCAGCGGCUGGACCGGAUUUGCGAAGGCAUACGACCUCCUAUUGUGAAUGGUCCAAUGCCAGCUCGUCCUCUGGUUGCGCUCUUGGAUGGAAGAGACUGCACUGUGGAGAUGCCCAUCUUGAAGGAUGUUGCUACAGUGGCAUUUUGUGAUGCUCAGUCAACUCAGGAAAUCCAUGAAAAGGUGCUGAACGAGGCAGUAGGCGCUCUGAUGUAUCACACCAUUACUCUGUCUCGUCAGGAUCUAGAGAAAUUCAAAGCCCUCAGGGUCAUUGUGCGCAUUGGCAGUGGCUAUGACAACGUGGACAUUAAAUCGGCUGCAGAGUUAGGCAUUGCAGUUUGCAACAUCCCUUCCUCCUCAGUAGAGGAGACUGCUGACUCCACCCUCUGUCACAUCUUGAACCUCUAUCGCCGUGUUACGUGGCUACAUCAGGCUAUGCGGGAAGGGAAUCGAGCCUCAAGUGUAGAACAGAUUCGAGAGGUGGCUGGAGGCGCUGUGCGUAUCCGUGGGGAGACUUUGGGCAUCAUUGGACUUGGCCGAGUUGGACAGGCAGUGGCUCUGCGAGCCAAGUCCUUUGGCUUCAACGUGAUUUUCUAUGAUCCAUAUCUGCCGGAUGGAGUGGAGCGAUCCUUGGGUUUACAACGAGUAGGAACCCUGCAGGAUCUACUAAUGCACAGCGAUUGCAUCACAUUGCACUGCAGCCUGAAUGAACAUAACCAUCACCUCAUCAAUGACUUCACUAUUAAACAGAUGCGCCAGGGCUGCUUCUUGGUGAACACAGCCCGAGGAGGGCUGGUAGAUGAGAAAGCCUUAGCACAAGCCUUGAAGGAGGGGAGAAUCAGAGGAACAGCAUUGGAUGUGCAUGAGUCUGAGCCUUUCAGCUUUGCUCAGGGGCCCUUAAAAGAUGCACCCAAUGUGAUCUGCACCCCUCACACAGCCUGGUACAGUGAGCAGGCUUCCAUUGAAUCCAGAGAAGAUGCAGCUAAAGAGAUCCGCAGAGCUAUUACAGGUCACAUACCUGAUGCUUUGAGAAAUUGUGUUAAUAAGGAGUAUUUGCUGUUAGCAGCUCAGUGGUCUGGUAUUGAUCCUGCAACUGUCCACCCUGAACUCAAUGGAGCUGCAGCUUACAGGUUUCCUCCGGGAGUAGUGGGAGUAGCAAAUCCUGGGCUGCCGGAACCACCAGUAGCGGAGGGGAUUGUAGCUCACGGGAUCCCUUCUGUUUCUCACUCUGCUCCGCGUACCCCUUCCCCAGGAGAGACGAGCAAACUGGAUGCAGACAGAGAGAUUCCUGCUGACCAGUAGCAGCAUUUUUCUCUCCUUUUCUCUGGCAACAGAAAAAAAUAGGAGGGUAUGUCCUCCUAGGACCUUCUUUAACACCCUACAGAGACCGUUUCCUGUUCAUACAGGACAGGAGAAUGCAUUUCAUUACUGGCAAACUUUAGCUCUUGCCUUUAUUUUGUAACCCAUUUAGUUUUAAUCUCUUGAUGAAUCUUUCUCCUUCUCUGGGGCAGGGCAGCAGUGACCUUGCCUCCUCUUGGAAAUACUUGGUUUAACCAAUGUGGUUUCCCAUAUAUCUGCCUCAGUUGUCUGUAACAGGGAACUGUCCUUGUGCACUUGAACAUAGGAGAGGUGGAGCUGCCUGAUCAGGGAGGUCCCCUGGUGCUCCUGACAACCAGACUUCAGUGCACGUUUCUCAGUUGUGACGUGUAGCAGCUUAAGUUUCAUUUGGCUGAACCUCGUGAAGCAUAGGUAUGGGGAACAUCAAGACAAGAUUAGUGAACUGGAGAGGUUAUGAGUAUUGUCUGUAUUAUGCCCUAGGCAGAAGGCAGCCUAGGCUCAGCUGUGUUACCUUGCGCAUUAACCUCAGUAAGGUUUCUGUGAGAACAGGCAUGGUGCAGGCAUUCCUAGUUCUUGAUCGUAUGAAGUUUUGUCUAUGCAGUAUUAGGCCUGAAGGUAAAAGCAGAAAUAGUGACAGCCUCAGAUUCAGUCUUGUAAAUGAUUUGGAAAUGAUUACAGUGUCAUCAAAUGUGUUCUGGUGGCCGGUGUGUUUGUGAGGCUUUAGAAGAGUUCACCCUGGAGUCUGUGUACCUCAGAGAGAGCAAGAGAAUGUAGAAAUAAGAGAAACUUGCACCAGAAGGACAGCAAAUAGCAAUAAUUUGCAGCUGCAGUCACUGGUUCCUCGCAUGCAUGUACCUCACAGUCUAAUGAUGCUGUUUAUCCACAAAAUAACUAUAAUGUUAGAAUUCUAAGCUUUGUCUGUGCUACAGAAUUUCACUGGCAUAACUGCAUCAACUAGAAGUAACACACCAGUGCUGGUGACGCUUGCAUCUGUGCUGAUGGAGAAAGGCAGCUUUUUAACAGUUGACCAAAUUACUCUAGUUAGUGUAGCUCUGCUAGCAUAUACUGCAUCUCCAAUAAUGGGCUGUGCCACAAGGGCAAGACAGAGCUUUUUAAUAUGGGUAAGCCCUGCGAUACAAAGGGAGAAAGAGAACACAAUUAGCUUAUCACCUGAGGGCAAGGCAGGAUUGUUUCUUUCAAGGCUUCUUCCACUUCUCUGUCCCAAAUGAUUGAGUAUGCACCACUUCUUUGAGGGAGGAGUCGUCUUUGGCAUGACAGGUUCCACGGGAGAAGAUUUUUCUUAAUUCUGAAUCUUCCUUUAAUUUCAUCUUCUUAAGCUUUAGUUAUGGCCUUUCCAUGCACACAGAAUUGACAGCCAUCUUGAGAUACAACAACUCCUGAUUGAUUUCUGUUGCUCAGGUAUAUUAAAAUAGGUGCUGUUUCGGAGACCUGUGCUAUGUGUGGGCCCAUCUGCCCUUUCUCCCUCCCUUUCUGUGCACCUCUGGGAGCUGAACAGCUGGGAACACAGUGGGAAUGCAACUUGAUGGAUGAACAAUUCUAGUCUUGGAAGUGUCUAAUGAUAGAAUUGCAUACGAUUCAGUGAGGGGUGGACAAAAUCAUCUGUUUAGGCUGUUCACAGUUUGGGAAACUGAACAAAGCUUUCAGACUGUAAGUUUUCAGGCUUUUUUCUUUUUCUGGUUGUAAAUUAUUCUCCAAUCCUGCCUCCAUAUAGUGGCUUACUGUGUAACUUACUGCUGAUACGGUGAGGUGAUUCAUUCCUUCUCCCCCACCCUCCUUGGCAAUUCAAGGAAAGAAAAUAGGCAGGAAGUAAACUUCAGGUGUUUUUCCUAUGGAUUUUCCACUUUAACUGUUUAGCGCUAAUGAGAUGAUGUUAGUUCUGUAGUGCUGAGUGUCUUUUUUGAUAAGGUAUUUGCAUUGGUACAGGCUCUUGGGCUCUAUGUUUUCCUGAAUGAUGCUGAUUCUACUUAAAAUUCGUGUACCUCUUUGGCUGCUCAGGUUUAGCAGGCCAGACUGGGGCUUCAUAGUAGGCACAAGUUAGAGGGGAACUUUCUGAGCAAAAGCCUAAAGCUCAGAAGCACUUCCUUUGGAGCUGUACCUGAAAUAAUCAGCAGCAUUUCAUCUUAGUUCUCUAAGAAAUCUAAAUUUAACAAGCUACUGGCUCAGAAAGGUCGUCUUCUGAUAGGCUGAUGAGAAAAAGAUUUCUUUAGGAACUGAGAGCUGAUUUUCUUUCUAUUGCUGUAGUAGGGAAGCAGUCUGUGAAUAACUGCUGUUUUCUUAUUUGCUGCUGAAAAUUUCUGCCCUGCUUAGAGGUUCAGGCCUGCAGAUUAUUUUCUGGUAAGGGGCUUCUAGUUAUGAACUUUGCAAAUACAGGGGCUCAGAGUCCAUUCAUCUUGUCUCUUCUAGAGCAGAAUGCAAGAUACAUUUUAAGAGGCAGCAUUUUUGGUUUUUUCCAACUGUAAGUAUCUCUGAAGACCUGUCAAAUAACUUCUCUGAGCAGAGGAGAAGUGAAGAAGAUCUCAUCUGGGGGACACUGAGUUUCUCAAUUCUUAUAUUUGGUGCCUAGAUAUACUGAUGACUGGUAAGAGUAGGACUAAGUAAAUAGUGUCAUAAGAAAUAUUUCUAACUAUGGAUAUGGAGGAAUUCAGCCUGACAGCACUGAUGAUGGUGGCUCUGUUUUAUCCAGUACCAUGUAGGCUUCUGAUUGGAUAUGAAAGCACCUUCCCACUUGAUUGAAGCCACAGCAGAAGAUGCUGAGGUAAAGUUAAGUUGAGUUAUCCCCACCUCAAAGAAGGGCUCUCUUUGUGCUUGUAAAACUACUCCACUCUUAUGGCAUUAGUACCUCUGGUUAAUGUUGUAGACUGAACCUACUAUCACAAAGAGCAAGGCUGUUCUGAACAGAUUGCUCAAAGAAAGAUUUAUCCAAUACUAAAGUACUGUGUGGUCUUCCCCAUCCCCUGAGUGCCAAAUCCUUCUUUGAUAGCACCCUCUCUUGUGUGAUACACUGGUUUGCAGCUCCCUCUCCCAGGUUUAGUGCAGUAUAGAGAAAUGGAAGGAUUUCUUUUUUUUUCUUAAAAUACCAUCCUUCAGAAGUAGUGUGGAGCUUUAAUCCCAAAGAACAGAAGUCUCCCAGGGUGACACAGGAGUGCCCUAUCUGCACUAAUCUGCUUACAGGAGGUGCUCACACUGUCCUAAGGUACAUUCUGUUUGUCAGGGUCACUGCUGCUGACCAGCUUUUUUAUAGAGGACUCAGAGUUUCAGAAAUAUAUUUUUGUAGACAAUGACUAAACUGUGAAACGUUUAAAAAAUAAAGCAUGUAAACAAAAACUUACAGCAUUGUCCCCUGUACAGAUGUUUUUCUCACUUCAGUUCUCUCCUGACUCAUUAGAAAAUGUUUGAUUAUUUCUUGGAUAUAUUUUAAUAAAGUUCUCCAAAGAACA